AUGUUACAAACAGAAUCGCUUCGAAAGGCCAAGGGUAUACAGCGAUCGACUCAAUUAGAUCGCAAGUUAAGCAAGACGACUCUUCGUCUGAAGGGUUCGUCCCAUGGUUUAAACGAAUUUCGCCAAAAACUCCCUGCGCUCGCAUUGCGGUCUGAGAUUCUCGAUAAGAUUAAGCAGAGUCAGGUGUUACUGGUGAAGGGCGAAACUGGAAGCGGAAAGACUACCCAAAUCCCGCAGUACAUUCUGGAGGAAGCCUCAUCACGCGGAGAAGGCAGUGGCUGCCGCAUCAUAUGCACACAACCUCGCCGUAUCUCAGCAAUUUCGCUCGCGAAGCGUGUGGCGAAAGAACGCGGUGAACCAAUGGGUCAAUCGAUUGGCUACCAGGUACGGUUGGACUCGGUCAAACCACGGAAGCAGGGCGGAAGCAUUUUGUUUUGUACGACCGGUGUGGUACUGGCGUUUAUGCAAUCUGACCCCUUACUGCGCGAAUACUCACACCUCGUACUGGAUGAGAUACACGAGCGGGACGUCAUCACGGAUUUACUGUUGGCCAUCAUAAGAAUGGUGCUGCCCUACCGGAAGGAUCUAAGGGUCAUACUCAUGAGUGCGACUUUAACAGCAGAAACCUUCUCCGCGUAUUUCAACAACUGCCCGGUGGUAGAAAUUCGUGGCAUAACCUUUCCGGUGCGCGAGUACUAUCUGGAGGAUGUGUUGAAGGAACUGAAUUGGCACACAUUUGAUGUGGCAAACAUACAACCUGCCGUGGCCGAGGAAUACAUUCAUAUGAUUUCGCGCUAUUUACCAGAGAUACAACACAAGUACCCCAAACACGUUCUUAAAGCCUUACGACUCCCGGCGAGUGAAUACAAACAGUAUAGCCUGUUGGUCGCGCUGCUGUACCAUAUUUCAUGCUCGCAGCCUGAUGGGGCUAUUUUGGUAUUUCUUCCGACAGUAGAUCAAAUCAGCCGGAUUCACCGGAUGAUCCACGAGCAUCCAUUGCUGAGCGAGAUCGAUAUGGUCGUUCAUAUGUUGCACUCUAAACUAUCGAGCAAAGAGCAACAGCAGGUGUUUGUACAGCCGCCACUCGGUACGCGCAAGAUCAUCCUGGCCACCAACAUUGCUGAAACAUCCAUCACAAUCGAUGAUGUGGUGUACGUCGUCAAUACAGGCCGCCAUAUGAUUAACGUUAUGAUUGGCAACACCUGUGGGCUGUUGGACCAGUGGAUUUCCAAAUCAAACGAAGUUCAACGUAAAGGACGUGCUGGACGUGUCCAGCCAGGCACCUGCUAUCAUCUGUACAGCCGUGGACGGAUGCGCACUUUUACAGAAAAUGUUCCACCGGAGAUCUUGCGUAUAGUACUUGAUGAGGUAAUCCUGCAUAUUAAAGUCCUUCGCUUGGGAGAAGCGCGUACGUUCAUGGCUCGCUUGCUAGACAAACCGUCCGAAGAGGUAAUCGAAAACUCGUUGCGCCUGCUCACUCGGAUGAAGGCUAUCGACCAUGAUCAGCGCCUAACGCCCCUCGGUUUCCAACUAGCCCAAUUAGGGAUGCAUCCCACUGUUGGCAAGAUGAUACUGCUGGCGAGCAUCUUAGGGUGUAUCGAUCCGAUUACAUCGAUUGCGGCCACCCUAUCAUUCAAGGAUCCGUUUGUCAAAUCGCUUAACCAGAAUGAGGAAGAGAAGGAAAUCCAAACUCGGAAGUGGUUCGCCGACAAUACUGCCAGUGAUCAUAUAAUGCUAGCGAACGUCAUCGCGAGAUGGCGAACUCAUCGAAAUCCAGCGUCGUUUUGUAAACAUAAUGCGUUGAACCGCGAAACACUAAAACGACUAGUGGAAGAUAAAAACCACAUUUGUCGGCAUCUUUGCCAGAGACGGAUUGUAACAUCAGACGAUUGUCAGGCGCCGGCCAACAACGUUAAUGCCACUAAUAUGGAUCUGCUGAACGGAAUCAUAGCCGGAGGACUAUGCACUAACAUAGUCAAUCUAACUAGAACCUCCGGCGCCGCUUAUCGCUGGUGUAUGGACGGAAAACAGGUCCGCGUGGAUAAUAUGUCUGUUAAUGGUGUACAAUCGUUCGUACAUUCACGUGCUAUUGUAGAACUGCUCACGUGUAACUUCGACACCAAUGAGACAAAACCAAAAAACUCCUGA